AUGCACCAGCAAGAUCAGCAUGAACAAGCUCAGAAGGCCUGGUGGUUGUUCUGUGACUUAUCUUGGAGAUCGGCACCAUCCACCCAGUACCGAGCUAACGGCACCCGGUGGACGGCGCUGUAUUUCCCCUGGCGGCAUUCCCCCACUCUUACCUUCAGUCAUCUUCCGUUACUCCGGAGAGCUCGUGGCUGUUUCAUCCCAGUCAGCGUUCUGAAGGAACCCAGAUUUGCGCACCUCGUCGGAGGUCAUCAGGACCUUUACCACAAAUACUAUGCCCUUGACCUAACGGCCCUCAAGGACAAACCCACAGUUCAGUCGGAACUCGCUGGCAAAUAUUUCGCUCCGCAAAGUCCUGCAGUUGCUAUGGCUCCUGUUCUAGCAACUCCGCCAAGUCAACAACUUGCUAUGGCUCCUGUUCUAACAACUCCGCAAAGUCAACAACUUGCUAUGGCUCCUGUUCUAGCGUCUUCUCCGCAAAGUCCUGCAGUUGCUGUGGCUCCUGUUCUAGCAUCUUCUCUGCAAAGUCAACAACUUGCUGUGUCUCCUGUUCUAACAGUUGCUCAACAAAGUCCCACAGGUAGCCUGGACACCAGCAGAUAUUAUACUGCUGUUACAUCGCUUUCUCAGCACAGUCCCACAGGUGACAUGGCUCCUGUUCUAGCGACUUCUCAGCAAAGUCCCACAGGUGACCUGGACCUCUCUGCCAAAUAUUUUGCUGUAUCGCCUUCUCAGCAAAUUCCCUCAGGUGGCCUGGACCUCUCUGGCAGAUAUUUUGCUCCUAUUCUGUCGUCUUCUCAGCAAAGUCCUACAGGUGACCAGGAACUCUCUGCCGGUUAUUUUGCUCCUGUUCUGUCGCCUUCCCAGCAAAGCCCCGCAGGUGGCCUGGACCUCUCUGGCAAAUAUUUUGGUCCUGUUGCAACAAGCAGACCCUUCUCCGAUCAAGAGACCAGCAGCCAUGUGCCAUUCAAAGAUUCCAAGCAGGAGAACAUGGAGCGGGUUGUCGGGGAGAUCGCCUUCCAGCUGGACCGCCGGAUCCUCUCCGCCGUCUUUCCUGACCGCAACCGCCUCUAUGGCUUCACCGUCUCCAACGUCCCCAAGAAAGUGCAGCAGGGUGGAAACGAUCCCUACUGCAAAAUGGACGACAUGCAGGCUGCUGCCAUCAUGGAACGCUAUAACGCUGUCAUGAAUCGUCUGAAGCCCUUGGGCUACGACCCGCAUGUCCACCCCAGACUGACGGAGCACGUGGUGAACACCUUCGGCAUCCUCCGGGAGCGGCCUGAGCUGUCUGGUGCCGAUGCAGCCUCCUACAACAGCGUGCACAACCUGCAGAGCAUGGUCAAGGAGACGGUGUCCCCAGACCUGCGCAACGACUGCCUGAUGCUACUCAGCUGCCUCUCUCAGCUGUCUCAGGACGACGGGAAGCCCAUGUUCAUCUGGUGACCCUGCUCUCUGCUGUGUGAACCCCACCGCAAGCGCAAUAAACCUUCUGAAAACGCCUGGCCAGGGUCUCUUUGUGCCAAUCGGCCCCCCCCUCCCUGCUGGGUCCCCAUGGCUGGGGGGGAGGACUCUGUCCCGAGGGGGUGCCCCAGGUCCUCUGCAAAAAUGGGAAAUAUUAGCCCAAGCCUGGAAUAUUAUUCCCAGUUGACUUCCUGCUGCAGGAACAUUUUGAAUACCGGUGACCUGGCAAGCAGGGCGUGCAGGAAAUAUUUGACAGUAGAAAAAAAUGUGGAAAGGAAGAAGAGAGAAGAGGCUGAGAAAAUUCCAGAACACACAGAUCAGAGGAUCAAACAUGUGGCCGGGGUGGGUGGGGGGUGGAUCCAGCUUCUCAGGCCCAUGAGACACCUGAGGCAAACCCCCCCGCCCCCACCCCAGCCUGCUCUCCUGAUCUGUCCUGGCGAGCAGUGGUGGGAUUCAAAUAAUUUAGCAACCGGUUCCGGUGGUGGGAUUCAAAUAAUUUAGCAACCGGUUGUAUAGAAGCACCAUUUUAACAAUGGGUUCUGCCGAAGUGGUGCGAACCGGCUGAAUCCCACCCCUGCUGGUGAGUCCCAACUUGCUAGGCCGGAUCAGGACCAGAGGUGGGGGUUGCCUCAGCUGGCUCGGGGGCUUGAUAAAUCCCCUCGGCAGCCAGCACACCCUGCUGUGGGCGCUCCAGUCUGGGCACCUCCCGAUCGUGCUAUUGGGGGGCCAGCUGAGGCAGCCCCCCCAAAAAAGACCUGCCCCCCCCAAGUCAUGUUUAUGUCUUAUCCGGCCCUCAUAACACACGAGUUCGACAACCCUGACAUAGCGUGUUCUUUUGGCCUGAAUGGAAUGACGACACUCUGGGGCAGAGUGCUUUUCUUCAGUGAAUGGAAUAUUCUCUUGCUCCUCUAAAAGCUGCCAGUUGUUUGCAUGGAAACAGACCUUCUGCAUCUUAGCGGAAGACCCCGGGGUGGUGGCCGUGGCUCUCUCUGAGGCAGACGAGGAACUUGACUGAGGGGCAGAGUCCCUCUGCUGCACUCUGCUGAUUGGCUGACCAUGGCAGGAUCACCUGCAGCCAGCCCUCGGCAUUUGCGUUGCAUAGCGGAAGAUUUCUCAGGGGCUGGAUCUCCAUCUGGGACAGUGCUCAUAUGUUCACCUCACAGGGUGUGCUAAUGUACUUUGCAUGACUACCAUGCCUUACAGCACCGUGUAUGCAUCACAACCCCUGUGGCAAAAUGGUUCCGUUAUUUGUGUCCUUCUGUUCUGGCCACCUGCCGAGAAUUAAAUAUCUCAGUUGAGCCUGUAAGAUUCUACCCACAACAACUCCUGCAGUUCCAUCAACCCAAAAUGUCUGCUGGAGUCCAAGAACACCCAGGAGCCAGCAGACGCUCGCUGGGGAACGUCCAGCCACCGAGAACCUUUCGGAAACGGACAAAGUUUCCCAUCUGAGAAUCUUUCAAAGUCAACUGGGUGGCUGAUAUUAUUCUAUCCAGUUUUUAUUAUGUUUUGUGUUGCAUUUUAUUGGUAGGAUGUUUUCUAAACCAUUUCACAUUUGAUGGGGAAAAUAAUGAAGGAACAAACAAACCAUCUCUUAGCUUGACCCUUGAGUCUGCAAUGCAGGAGAAACCACGCCGGCUGCCUUUGCUUGGCUGAAGUGGAGACUGAGACACUAGGCUAGUUCUGCUGGUUGGUGGGUGGGUAACAUCCGCAAACCUUUUGGAAUUAUUGCGUGUUGGCUGUUCAAUUAUUAGGGUGAAGGGUACUUUAGAAGGAACGUUUUUAUUUUUAAUGUAUUUUUAAACUAUAUCCAUGCUCUGAUCACAUCCAGGUUAGAUCACCGUAAUGCAGAGGCGUAGGGGUGGGAGGGGAAAUGGCAGCCAGGGCAACACCUACUCCGGGGGGCCCCUACCCUCUGUCAGGAGGCCAUGGGGCGAAGGAAAUAAAUAUCUAGACCCAUGGCUGAGAACUUGUGGUGAUUAUACUGAUUUAUCAACCAUGGUAAUGUUAUUAGAUAAUGUUGACCUUCUUAUUGUAUUUGGAAUUCUUGAUACACACCAGUUUUAUGCCUAAUAAAGGUUUUGGAUUUGGA